GGGUGUUGGGGGGGCAGGUGUGGUGUGGAAAUUUUGGGACCCCUCUUUUUUGGAACGGCGACCCGCUGCGAUGGAUGUGACUCAGCCCGACGCGCGAUCUGAUUCAACAUCCACGACUGCCUGCGGGUGCGCAGAACCUGGUGCGAUGUGUGCGACGGCUGCGACGGAGUACGAGGCGCUGCGACUGGCCAAGGUCCGCAAGACGCAGCGCAUCCUGGCGGACCUUCAGUUGGGGCACGCGGCGGCGGCGCUGCGGCGAGAGGUGAAGCGAGCGACGGACGCGCUGCACGAGCACACGCCGGCCAAACGACACAAGGCGCCAGCGGUGACGUCAGCUGUACCGAGUAACCCACGUCGGCGGUCCAGCAGGGCCGUGGGCCGCGUGGACUACUGCGAGAGCAGCAGGCGCGUGCUGCCUCCCAAGAGCGCCGCCACGCCUGCUGCUCCCGCUGCUGCCGCACGCGAUGGUGCUGCCAGUGGUGGGGAGGCUCACAAUGGCGCGACGGCGCACGGCGCCAGUGCAGGUGGGCAUGGCACGGGCAGGGGUGGCGCGGCUGGGCGCGGCGCUGCAGGCAGGGGGACGGGCGGUGGGGCUGAGGAGGGCAGCGGUGCGCUGGUGUGGGCUCCCAGGUCCUUCUUCCCCGAGAAGCCGGCAGUGCAGGCAUGGCGGCAGGCGGUGGUGCCGGGGCACGCGGUGGACGUCUGGGUGAGGGCGGGGGAGGCGAGGGAGGGGGAGGUGAAGCAAGGUGAGGCGGGCAGAGGAGGAGGAGGAGGUGGUGGUGGUGGUGGUGGUGGUGGUGGUGGUGGUGGUGGUGGUGGUGGUGGUGGUGGUGGUGGUGGUGGUGGUGGCGGCGGCGGCGGUUUGAGCGAGGGGGAGAGACGAAGGCAGCAGUUGGAGUGGAGAGAGCAGUGUGGGAGAGGGGCGGAGAGUGGGGGAGCGGUGGAGAAAAAUGGGGUAGAAGGAGAGGAUGGCAGAGAGGGGAGGGUGGGCGGCAAUGGGCUGGUGUGGAUUCCAAGGUCGUUCUUUGGCGGCGGGCUGGGUGCGCCGCAGCAGAGGCAGGAGGGUGUGGGGUCGGGGGCGGGGGUGGUGGAGGUGGCGGUGCGCGAGGGCGAGGUGGGAGCGAGGGGAGGAGGCACCGACCUGCACAGGCAGGUGCGAGUGGUGCGGCAUGGGCAUGGGCAUGGGCAUGGGCAUGGCUGCAGGGAUGCGGAAGGUAGAGGCGAGGCCAGCAGCGGUGCUAGCAGGGGCGCCGGCAGCAAGGAGGGUGCGAGCAGCAGGGAGGGCACGGGGCGACGGUACAGUGCCGACAGGGGUCAGGGUGGGGUAGGCAGGGAGGCGGGAAGGGAGCACAGGGAGGCCGGUGGUGUGGUGGCAUGGGUUCCACGGCCCUUCCUGUGCGGUGGGGCACGUAGGGCACGGCACAGGCGCGUGCAGAGGAGGGGGGAGGCACAAGGGGGGCAGGCACAAGGGGGGCAGGCACAAGGGAGGGAGGCGCACGGGAGGGAGGCGCAAGGAAGGGAGGCGCAAGGGGGGGAAGGCGAGGUGGGGCAGGGGGGAGAAGAAGAGCUGUGCAAUGGUGAUGGCGAUGGUGAUUGUGCUGACGUCAUGCCCGCAUAUCGUGAAGCCGUGCAUGAGCGGUGUGCAGAGGACGGCGCGAGGAAGGUUUGCGGGCAGAGGGACAAGUGGGGGCAGCUGAGGGACAAGUGGGGGCGGCUGAGGGACAAGUGGGGGUGGCAGAGGGAGGGGUGCGAUGAGCAUGGCUUUUGUAUGAGAGACAGCAGCAGCUGGCACUACUGCCACCAGUGCAGAGCCAUGACGGCAGCACGCACCACGCGCUGCGCGUUGUGCCGAGCGGGGAAGAACCAGACAUGCGCUCACUGCCUCCUCACCAGGUACGGGGAGAGCAUUGCUGAGGCGCUAGCUGAUGCCACGUGGCAGUGCCUGGUGUGCCGCGGCCUGUGCGACUGCACCUUCUGCAGGGCAAAUGAGGGGUGGCAAGCACCACGCGCCAUGUGUAGAGUGGUGUGAAACUCGUCUGAGGAGAGAAUAUCAGAAAAUUGAAUGAUUGUUGUUGGAAAUAUCUCAAGGACUUAAGCGUUUCUGAAGUGUAACACUGUACUCGAGGAAGAUUACAGGGGAGCACGCGAGUCAACGGAGGUUACACGAGGGGGCGGACAAAGAAUGCGAAAGGACUCGAAAGGUCGCAACUGGAGGUUGCGACUGACCGUUACAACAUCACGGAU